CUCUAAUAGAUUGUCACAGCUCGAAACUCUUGCUGCUCGUGUUUUGUUGUUUUUGCUUGUUUAUAUUAAAGUAUUAAAAUUGUUUGUAAUUGUAAAAAAAAUUGGCAAAAUUUUUGAGUAUUAUAUAUAACUAAUAUUUGGAGAAUACAAAGUUAGAGUGCCAUGGCCGAAACAGAGACGCACCAACAUGCUGAUCCACAUGAUGAGGAUGUGCACGAUGCCAAUUAUCAAGCCCCACCUGAGAAGACUAUUGAAGAUCUAAUGGCUGCCGAUCAGGAAGAUGAGAGUUUGCGACGUUAUAAGGAGGCCUUAUUGGGUGCAGCGCAAGCGGAAAAGAUUAUUGUUGAGCCGAAUGACAGCCGAAAAGUUAUUGUUAAGAAGCUGGCGCUAGUCGUCGAAGGACGCGAUGAUAUGGAAUUGGACUUAAGCGGCGAUAUUAGUCAGCUCAAAAAGCAGCUCUUUGUGAUCAAAGAAGGUGUUCAAUACAAGGUGCGGAUCGAUUUUAUUGUACAACGUGAAAUUGUACAUGGCCUCAAGUAUGUGCAAAAGACCUACCGAAUGGGUGUGCCAGUUGUUGUGGACAAAAUGACGCAUAUGGUCGGCUCCUAUCCCCCCAAAAAGGAAAUACAAUCCUAUUUGACGCCAGCUGAGGAGGCGCCCUCGGGCAUGGUAUCGAGGGGCACCUACUCUGUAUCGUCGGUGUUUACGGAUGAUGACAAGCACAUACAUCUUAAAUGGGAUUGGACCUUUGAGAUCAAGAAGGACUGGGCAUAAGACAUAACACCCACUCACACACACACACACACACACACACAACUUCGCACAGACAAUAUACACACAGCCACACAAACAUGCACACGCAUAGAACUUGUCCCAAAUUAAUGUAAACUAUUUUUUGUGAAUUUGGUAACAAACAAUGUUAAGCAAAAUUCCUAUUUGUCAAGUAUUUUUGUUAACGGUAUUACCUUAAAUGUUUUUGCAAAUAUGUAAAUGAAGUCGUAAAAAGUAUUUUUGAUACAAUAUAAAUGAAAUGUGUGUGUUAAUAAUAAGCAUUUCACGCCUAUGUUGCUUAAUUAAAGCAAGUCAGUCAAUCAAUCAAUCAGUCAGUCAGUCAGUCAGUCAUUUGUACCAAUUUAACUCAGUCAGUUCUAAAUGCCAUUGGAUAUGUAUAACAUAAACUUUCAAACUGUUCUUAAACUUUAAGAAAGUUUUGUGCAUUUUGCCUUGUAUUAAAAGCGUAAACGUAACGAAUGCCUUCUUGAUUAGGAGUUCGUUUAAAAAUGAAAAUAUAGUAUCCAAAAAGAUGUUAUCCACCGCAUCUUUGAUAUAUACCAUAUGUAUUUAAUCUAAGUGUAACUGUUCAAUGCAUUUUGAUAAUUAAUUGUAAAAGUUCAGAAGAACAUGAAAGAGCUCGUUCUGUAUUCGAUUCUUACUAUCUGUCUGUGUAAUUUGUGAACAAUUUAAGUAAAUGCAAGCAACUGAAAAGCAAUGAGAAUAAAAUGUAUUAAAAUGUA